AUCCCGCUUUCACCCCCGCCUUCUUCCCCAUUCCUCAGUCCUCACUCCUUUCCCCUUCCCUCACUGGGUCCUCCCAUGGCUUCCACUGCCUCGGCGCCACCUGCUCAGGCUGCCCGCUUCCUGUGAGUCGGAGACAUCCUCCCCCCUCGAGCCCGAACCCUACCCUGACCCCGACCCCCGAUCCAACCCCGAUCCGGCUCUUCCAAACGGGGGGUCUCCGGCGAUGGCGGCCGCCUCCCCGCCGCAGGAUCAGCAGCAGCGGGCGGCCGAGGGGGCGGCUGCGUGGGAGGAUCCCGCGGCGCUGACCCCGAGGAGGGCGCGGUUUCCACGCGCGUGCCACUACCGUCCGAACGCGCCCCCGCCGCCCGGGCCCGCGCCUCCGCCGCCGCGGCCGAGGCGGAGCGGGAAUGCGGGGGACGAGACGCCGGAGUAUCGCGUGGUGACGCCGCUCGUGGCGGAGCCGGAGUCGCCCGCCGAGCUGCCGCGGUGGAGGCUACGCUGCAUGUGGGAGCUCGCCUCCGUCCUCAAUUUCCUCCACGUGUUCCGGCCAUUGCUAAACAUUGCCGUGGAGUUCACUGCAGAAGAGCUGGAGGACGCGAUCAUAGCGCCCAAUGGCACACUGGAUAACGUGCAUAUGCCUCUGCUAAAGUCAAUUCCUCCAGUGACUCGGAUGGCCAUGGGACGUGGAACAUGGGUAACGGUGUUAUGUAAAAAAUUGAAGAACUGGUGGCAUUGGGUUGCAGAAGGCGAUCUUCCGAUUGUUGCUUCACAUGGAGCGGAAAUUGAACUGUACAGGACACUUGAUCCAGCGACUCGAUUAGUGAUCCUGAAAGCUAUAUGUGAUAUACGUUGUGAGCAAGAGGAUAUUCGGAACUUCAUUGAUAGUUCUUUGAGGCAUGGUUAUCAUCUUCCCAUCUUCCGUAAAGAACGAAUUGGUGGAGAUUCAUAUGGAAUUUCAUACUGGUAUGAAGAUGACCCAAUUCUUGGUCAUCGGUUGUAUCGCGAAAUUAGGCGAGUGGAGUAUGCGAAGGAGUCAUCAAAAAGAACUAAAGGAAAGGGAGCCUCAAGUGUUCCAGUUAUAUCCUAUCAAUGGGAGGCUGUGGCAUCCAACUUUGAUGAGUUCAAUACAGCUGCAGAAAAACUCUUUUCAAGUAGGAACAGGACAGAAGUGUCGCUUGGCAAGAAGCUGAAGUUCAAUUAUCUUCCAGAGAUAGAAAAGAUUCAUAAGAAGAAAGAGAAGCUGCUCAAAAAGCAACACAGAGAAGCCCUCCUCCUUGACAGCUACUUGACAGUGAAUGGAUUCACAUCUGGCCGCUCUCGUCGUGAAAGGAAGCGUGUCACUUAUACUUUUGAUGAUUAUGAACGUUCAAUAAAUGAAGCCAUAAAAACAACAAAGAAAAGUGAGAAUGUUGCUGAGAUUGGCCCCUCACCAUUAUGUAAAGGAUUCUAUGGAGAAUCUGCAGCAAAGUCAUAUCACUACCAAGCAAACAAUCGUGAAGGGAAGGCAGCAACUCUUCAUCGUAGCUACAGGCAGAGAAAAAGAUCUCAAAGGUACACAAAAGACUUUGUGGAGGCCAUAUCGGACAUUGACCUGAACAUUGACAGUGAUGAUGAUAUCAUGGGUGAAGCAGUGUAUGAUGAGGAAUAUGUUAGAAGUAAAAAACAGCAAAAGGCAGGUCUUUCUGAAAAUGACGAAGAGUUUCAGCUGGAACAAGUUGCCAGUGAUGGUGGCAAUGGAGUGGUUCAUUCUUUGAGUGCUAGUAAAGAUGCAGAUGAGCUCCAAUGGUACAAAAGAUUUCCACUUCACAACCCUCAAGGGACCAAGUUGAGAUCCGUUGAUGAAAUCCAAAUUGGCAUCAGACGCAGUAAGCGCUCCACUCGUCCGCGUAUUAACUAUCAACAAUAUGAUAUUUCUGGCAGAGAUACAGAAUUUGGAAAGCAAGAGAAAUGCAGCGCAUCAGAUCCAGAUGUUGGCUCUGAUGCACAAAAUGAUAUGGAGGUCUCAACAACAAGCCAAGACCGGGAGGAAGAAGAUGAUGAAGUGAAUAAAGCACGGCAGUGGUGCAUAGAGAAGGCACUUGUUCCUAGCAGGGAGAGUGAAAGCGUACGUAGAAAAUUCCUCGACCUAAAUGAGCAAGUGCCUGUAGGUGGUCUUGAUGAUGCGCCGGUCUUGGUGAAAGACGAGCACCCAAAUAAUGGUCAUGAGAAAUGUUCCGCGGCACAUUAGAGGUGCUGGGAACCCUUUUUUUGUCACCUGAGUAUGAAAUACUUGGUGAAAUUGCUUGCUUUAGCAUGGAUCGACAAGAAUCCAAUGAGAUGGUGAUACAACAUUGGUCUUGUAAGGGCGUAUUUCUGCUACAUACUACUGCCAAUGUCGUGCCAACGAGGAGUUUGAGAUGGUCCAUGAGCGCAGUGGCUGAAUUUCCUGCCGAUAAGCCAGGUCCUAUCUGAUACUUGGAGGUCAUGCUGAGAUGUACACUAUAGGCACACCGCACGCGUCGAUUGGCGCUGUGCAAUUGUCACACCUGCAUUUGUAUCUCCUCCAUGUAUGAACAGUGAUCGGGAGCAAUAGUGCCUGGUUACGGGAUGCCUACACUGCUUAUCGGCUAUUGCCAUCAGUUUUGUCCUUUUCUA